AAUUCACGUCACAAUUACUAAAAAAAAAUAGGUGAAUAUAACUGUGUGUAUAUGUACACAAUUUGAAUGAGUUUGUAUUAGUGUUACAGCUUGCGUUACGUGAUAUUCACGUAAGAAAAAAAAUCAAAAUGGCGUCGAGUGCGGAUUUAAUAAAUAACCUUCUGACGGAUUUGCAAUUUCCACGCAAUUUACUGCAAAAAUUGGACGAUUCUGGAAUAGGUAUACUAAGCCUUAUAACUAUUUCUGAAGAACAGUUAAGAGAUUAUUUGCGACUUUUGGAUCUGGACGACACUGAUUUCGAUUCAUCAUACUACUACGAGCUCUUGCAGUCCUGGAGAGCUCGAAAUAAGCCAGCUAUACAGCGCUUAGUGAGUUGGUGCAUAUACAAAGAUUUUGCAGCGGAACCACCUGCAACUCCGAAGGGAAUCAUUGACCCACCAGUCGAUGUUUCUUGCCGAGCGCCCUGUCAAUCCACAGCGUCGGUAAUUCGCACUGACAUACUCACAGAAAAACAGAUUUUUCAGGCCGCAGCGUCCGAUACAGCUUUAGUGCCACUGGACAUUUCAAGUGGGAACUGUUUUGUGAAAUCGACAUUACCUGCAGCCGAGGAAGAAGGAAUUAUUUCGCCAUCAUCUGGUCAAGCUACUUCUCGACUUAGCCCACCAGCAAUCAAUCAGAUUUCCGUAGGAGGACAAUCGCAGCCCUUGUCGUUAAUACUAUCUGAAAAUCGUGCACCGAUCGAGAAUCUAAGUUCGAACUAUUUUGUCAUUGGAUUAACAGAACCAUCGCCAGAAGCUCCCGACUCGACUUGCCAACUCGUCCCGUCAGCGGUUCGUCCUCAAGUAUCUGCAGUAGGACAGUCACAGGCACAGCACAUAGCACAAGCGCUCUCUGAGCAUCGCGCACCGUUCGAGAUUCCAAAUCCAAACUAUGUUGUCCCUGGAUUAACAGCAACAUUGCGACAGCAACAGCAUAUUCAACAGAAGCUACCAUCAACAGAAGCUCCCGAUAAGAAAACUCCUUGCCAACCACCGAAAGCCACUUGUCAAGUUUCUUACCAACUCGCCCCGUCGGCGAUUCACCCUCAAGUAUCCGCAGUAGGACAGUCACAGGUACAGCACAUAGAGCAAGCGCUCUCUGGGAAUCGCGCACCGUUCGAGAUUCCAAGCACGAACUAUUUUGUCGCUGGAUUAACUGUAACAUCGCCAGAAGCUUCCGAGCAGGAAAUCACUCGCCCACCACCCGAAAACAAUGAUAAAGUCGCUUGCCAACUCAUCUCGUCUGUAAUUCGCCCUCAAAUAUCCACAGGACAGGCACAGCCCUUGUCGCUAGUACUUUCUGGAAAUCGCGCAAAAGUCAAAAAUUCAAGUCCAACCAAUUUUGUCCCUAGGUUAACAGCAAUAUCACCGAAAGCUUUUGAGCAGGAAAGAACUUGCCAACCACUGAAAGCCACUUGUCAAAGAAAUUAGCAAAACAAGCAUAAACGACGAGCUUAGACGAAUGGCUGAUAUAUCAGAUUAUUUCAAUAGUCGCGUAAAACAGAAAUCUGUAAUUCUCAAAAUGACGUCAAGUGAAAUGCUCAAUUUUAC